AUGGCCUACACCCCGGUGGGGCGGUCCUUCUUCAGCAGCCCCGAGGGCUACUACCACCCGCUGGGCGGAGGGCGCGAGGUCUGGUUCGGCUUCCACCAGUCGGUCCGGCCGUCGCAGUGGAAGAUGACGCUGAACAUUGACGUCAGCGCCACCGCCUUCUACAAGGCGCAGCCAGUGGUGGACUUCAUGUGCGAGGUGCUGGACAUUCGCGACGUGAAUGAGCAGCGCAAGCCGCUGACCGACUCGCAGCGCGUCAAGUUCACCAAGGAGAUCAAGGGCCUGAAGAUUGAGAUCACGCACUGCGGGUCGAUGCGCCGCAAGUACCGCGUCUGCAAUGUCACCCGCCGCCCGGCGCAGCUGCAGUCCUUUCCGCUGCAGCUGGAGAACGGGCAGACGGUGGAGUGCACCGUGGCGAAGUACUUUCUCGACAAGUAUAAGAUGAAGCUCAGAUAUCCGCACUUUCCCUGUCUUCAGGUGGGCCAGGAGCACAAGCACACCUACCUCCCGCUGGAGGUGUGCAACAUCGUCGCCGGCCAGCGCUGCAUCAAGAAGCUGACCGACAUGCAGACCUCGACGAUGAUCAAGGCGACGGCUCGCUCCGCGCCGGACCGCGAACGGGAGAUCAACAACCUGGUGAACAAGGCGGACUUCAACACCGACCCGUACGUGAAGGAGUUCGGCCUCAGCAUCAGCCACGUCAUGAUGGAGGUGAAGGGGAGGGUGCUGCCGCCGCCCAAGCUUCAGUACGGCGGCCGGACGAAGCAGCAGGCGAUGCCGAUCCAGGGCGUCUGGGACAUGCGCGGCAAGCAGUUCCACACCGGCGUGGAGAUUCGCACCUGGGCGAUUGCCUGCUUCGCGCCGCAGCGCACCUGUCGCGAGGACUCGCUGCGCAACUUCACCCUGCAGCUGCAGAAGAUCUCCAACGACGCGGGCAUGCCCAUCAUCGGCCAGCCGUGCUUCUGCAAGUACGCCAACGGGCCGGACCAGGUGGAGCCGAUGUUCCGCUACCUCAAGUCGACCUUCCCCGGGCUGCAGCUGGUGGUGGUGGUCCUUCCCGGGAAGACGCCGGUGUACGCCGAGGUGAAGCGCGUCGGCGACACGGUGCUGGGCAUGGCGACGCAGUGCGUCCAGGCGAAGAACGUCAACAAGACGUCGCCGCAGACGCUGUCCAAUCUCUGCUUGAAGAUCAACGUCAAGCUGGGCGGUAUUAACAACAUCCUGGUGCCCAGUAUCAGACCAAAGGUGUUCAACGAGCCGGUGAUCUUCCUCGGAGCAGAUGUCACCCACCCGCCGGCGGGCGACAACAAGAAGCCCUCGAUUGCGGCGGUGGUCGGCUCGAUGGACGGCCACCCCAGUCGGUACGCGGCGACGGUGCGCGUCCAGCAGCACCGCCAGGACAUCAUCGCCGACCUGGCGAACAUGGUCAAGGAGCUGCUGAUACAGUUCUACCGCUCCACGCGCUUCAAGCCCUACCGCAUCAUCUUCUACCGCGACGGCGUCUCCGAGGGCCAGUUCCAGCAAGUAUUAACGCACGAGCUGAUCGCCAUCCGCAAGGCCUGCAUGAACCUCGAGGACGACUACCGCCCGGGCAUCACCUUCAUCGUGGUGCAGAAGCGCCACCACACGCGCCUCUUCUGCGCCAACCACAAGGAGCAGAUCGGGAAGAGCGGCAACAUUCCGGCGGGCACCACCGUCGACGUGGGCAUCACCCACCCCACCGAGUUCGACUUUUACCUGUGCUCGCACGCCGGCAUCCAGGGCACCAGCCGGCCCUCGCACUACCACGUCCUCUGGGACGACAAUGACUUCACGGCCGAUGAGCUUCAGUGCCUGACCUAUCAACUUUGCCACACCUACGUCCGCUGCACUCGCUCGGUGUCCAUCCCGGCGCCGGCCUACUACGCCCACCUGGUGGCCUUCCGCGCCCGGUACCACCUCGUGGAGAAGGAUCAUGAUAGCGGUGAAGGCUCAAGUCACCACUCGGGCACAAACGGCGACGAGCGCACCGUCACGGCGCUGACGCGAGCCGUCACCGUGCACGCGGAAACAACCAAAGUCAUGUACUUCGCUUAA